UUUGCCGAUGUUUACAGUGCUCAGGAAGUUUACCAUUCCACUUACUUUACUGCUGGAAAUCAUCAUACUUGGGAAACGGUACCCACUGAGUAUUGUAGUCAGCGUAUUUGCCAUCGUUCUUGGGGCUUUCAUAGCAGCUGGGUCUGAUCUGUCUUUUAAUCUGGAGGGCUACACAUUUGUAUUGCUAAAUGAUAUCUUCACAGCAGCAAAUGGAGUUUACACAAAGCAGAAAAUCGACCCAAAGGAGUUGGGAAAAUAUGGUGUCCUUUUCUACAAUGCUUGUUUCAUGGUGGUUCCAACAGUUGUUAUUAGCUUUUCUACUGGAGACUUUCAGCAGGCAACACAUUUCCAGCACUGGACAAAUUUUUUAUUUGUCUUUCAGUUUCUUCUUUCCUGCUUGCUGGGGUUUCUCUUGAUGUACUCUACUGUCCUAUGCAGUCAUUACAAUUCUGCGCUUACAACGACAGUAGUUGGUGCCAUCAAGAAUAUAUCCAUUGCUUACAUCGGAAUGUUGAUUGGUGGAGAUUACAUAUUCUCUGUGUUAAACUUCAUAGGGCUAAAUAUUUGUAUGGCAGGAGGACUGAGAUACUCGUUUUUGACCCUAAGAGGAAAUAGCAAGCCUACACAACCUGAGGAUGAAGAGAACGCACUUCCUGAGGCAAAGAGUUAG